CGCGCGUCUGUGGCGGAGGGGGAACCAGCAGCACAGACAGAGCCGUCGGGUUGGGGCAUCCGCGAGUGGAUCGGGCAACUCCCAAGGAGAAAGAAGCGGGCUUACGGGCGGGUCCCGGGAAUCGAGGGACAGACCUUUCCCGCGGGUCUGUGAAGAAGGUCGGCGGCCCCAACGGGUGCCAGUCAGCUUUAAGGAAAAGUGGAAAUCACUCCUGACUAUACUGCAUAGCAAAAAUUUAGUGAUUUCCUAUACUGCAAAUCAUGGCACUACCAUUCCGGAAGGACUUAGAAAAGUACAAGGAUCUAGAUGAAGAUGAGCUCCUUGGGAAUCUAUCAGAAACAGAACUGAAACAACUGGAGACUGUUCUGGAUGACCUUGACCCUGAGAAUGCCCUUCUGCCUGCAGGGUUCCGGCAGAAGAACCAGACAUCAAAGUCCGCCACGGGGCCAUUUGAUAGAGAACACCUCCUUUCAUACCUGGAGAAGGAAGCAUUGGAGCAUAAGGACAGGGAAGACUAUGUGCCCUACACUGGAGAAAAGAAAGGGAAAAUAUUUAUCCCGAAACAGAAACCUAUGCAGACUUUCACAGAAGAAAAAAUAUCUCUUGAUCCGGAAUUAGAAGAAGCUUUGACAAGUGCUUCUGAUACAGAAUUGUGUGACCUUGCAGCUAUUCUUGGGAUGCACAACUUGAUAACGAAUGCCCAGUUAUGUAAUAUAGUGGGAAGCAGUAAUGGUGUCGACCAAGAACAUUUUUCAAAUGUGGUAAAAGGUGAAAAGAUUCUUCCAGUAUUUGAUGAGCCACCAAAUCCAACCAAUGUUGAGGAGAGUUUAAAGAGAAUUAAAGAAAAUGAUGUUCAUCUUGUUGAAGUUAAUUUGAAUAAUAUAAAGAAUAUCCCAGUUCCAACUCUAAAAGAUUUUGCAAAAGCUUUGGAAACCAACACACACGUGAAGCAUUUCAGUCUUGCAGCCACACGGAGCAAUGACCCCGUCGCUGUUGCUUUUGCAGAUAUGCUGAGAGUAAACAAAAAUUUGAAGAGCUUAAAUAUAGAGUCCAACUUUAUUACAGGAGUUGGGAUUCUAGCCCUGGUUGAUGCUCUAAGAGAUAAUGAAACCCUGGCCGAGCUCAAGAUUGACAAUCAGAGGCAGCAGUUGGGAACAGCUGUAGAAUUGGAAAUGGCCAAGAUGCUUGAGGAAAAUACAAAUAUCCUUAAAUUUGGAUAUCAGUUUACACAGCAGGGACCCCGGACCAGGGCAGCUAAUGCUAUAACAAAAAACAAUGACUUGGUUCGCAAAAGACGAGUCGAAGGAGACCACCCCUAAGUCCACCAAGAUCCAAUCUUUGGGAGACUUAAAGAGGUUACUAGGAGCUCAUGGUGGUGAUGUCAGAUGUAAGAUUUUCCUGGGUGGAAGGGAAGAGACUGGAAAUCUUUUUUUUUUUUUUUUU